AUGGGAGCUCGAGGCGAUUUGGGUAUUGAGGUUGAGACAGAGGAGGUUCUGGAAGGGAAAGGGGAGGAGGCGGAAGAGGAGGCGGAAGAGGAGGCGGAAGAGGAGGAGAGCUGGGCGGCCUCCGCCACUCUUCAGGCGGAGCUGCGCGCGGUAGUGGGCGCGGACGGCCCUUGCGCCAUUGCGCGCCAAGAUUGGUCACGCACCCCCGUGUCCCCUGCGCCAACGCCGCGGGGCGGAGCUUCCGCGUGCGCGCAGCAGACGCCGCGCUCCGCGCAGGAGGCGCGCAUGCAGCUGCUGCAGGCGCAGCUGGAGCUGCUGGAAACGAGCAAGGCGGUCUCCGCGCUGAAAUGCGCGCGGCACGUCGUUCAGAUGCCCGGACACUCCGCGCGCUACAGCAGCUGCGCCGGGACUGCCGGAGGCGGAGACGGCGAGAACAGCGGCAGUGGCAGUGCGACUGGCAGUGGCAGUGGCGGGAGCAGUAGCGCUAGCAGUCCGAGAUUCGGCGGAGCGAACGGGAGCGCGCAAGCGGAUAGCCCCCGGUCGGAGGGGAGCUUCAGCUUCGGGGAGAUGAUUAGUCCGCGCGCGCACGACGCGCAGCACGCGGGGGAGCUGGAGUUGGAACUGCAGCAGCAGCAGCAGCAGCAGCAGCAGCAGCAGCAGCAGCAGCAGCAGCAACACCGCCACCGCCAACAGCAAGAACAGGGGGAGGAGAGGGAGGAGAAAGAAGAAGAGUCUGAAGGAGGGGGUGACGCAGCGCGAUGGUGGGAUGGGGAUGGGGAUGGGGAUGGGGAUGGGGACGCUGUUGGGGAUUGGGGUGGUGGUGAGGGGAUGGACGGGAGGGCCAGGGUGGAGGGAGCCUGGGCGAAUCAGGACGGAGGGAAGGCAAGGAGUGGUGGCCUGGGCCGUCCCGGGAGGCUUGCUCGCUUGCUUCACGCCACGGCCACCACCAGCAGCAGCAGCGGAGGCGGCGGCAGCAGUGCGGGUGCCAGUCUAGCCACCGUCUUUUUCCACGCCCUAGCCAUGGCCCGUAAGCGCAAGAGCGUAGCUAGUACUGCUGACUUGUGCCCGCGGGAUCUCAACGAGAUCCCGUACAUCGCUUGGAUGAACAAGCAGAUCGCGGUCGGCCGCAAGCACGCCGGCCCUUUGCCUGAAGGAGUGCCUGGUGCGGGGGACACCUCGUUCGAAGCCCCGCGCGAUGUUCCUACCCGCAGACGCCGUCAUGCCGACCGAGUUGCCUCAUCCCGCGUCAACGACGAUGCUGCCUUCGAUGACGACGAUGACGCCGCGGACUCUGAUUACAACGAGUGCGACGAGGCCUGCGACGACGACGCGGAUUCGGGCGAGGAGGAGGACAAGGGCAUGUCCCCCUCCGAGGAUGAAGCUGACGCCGAUGACGGCGACGGCGCUCCCGAGGAAGGCCAGCCUGCGACCCCGGCUCCCCGUCGCGGCCGUGCCUCUGCCGCUGCGGGAACCAAGACUGCUGCGAAGGGCGGGGAACCUCCGCGUGCCGCUGCCAAGACCCGCAACCUGCAUCAUGUUAAGCGGAGCGUGUGGUCCCCCCGCGAGAACACGAUCUUCGUGGCUGCACGUUGGUUCAUGAAGGACGAGCUCGGACCCCUCCUCGAGAAGCUGGGCUUUCAGUACUGGGCCCACCUCGCGCUCCACCUCGAGCACUUGAACUCUGCUACCGCACCACGAGUCCACCAUGGGUCCCGGUUUCGAGGCAAGUUUGCCCACGAUGCAUUGACGCGCCUCACUGCGCCCAUCGUUUCGCACAUGUUGUGCAAGAUGACGCCACAAGACGCCCCUGCAAGAAUGCGCCAGAGCUUGCAGUCAUUGCGGCCCGCAAAUAGACGCCACCGGCCUUUGAAGGCGCCGAUGCAGCGCUCUACUGCCAUGCGCGUUGCGCUUUGGCAAUAG